AUGGAACGUCUUCGUUUUAAGGUGGGUGUGGCGGUGUUGCUUUGCGUUUCAGUGGGUGUGAAAAUUUCGCUUUCCGAAGAACCAUCGUGGGCAGAACGCGCGGAACUUCUUGAGUUUCAUAAGAAAAUAAGAGAAAAUGUUCGUCCCACAGCCGCAGAUAUGAGAGUGCUAAGUUAUUCUUAUGAUAUGCAACAAGAGGCUGAAAAUUGGGUAAGAAAAUGUACCAAGGAGUUUCCAGAACCAAAUAAGGAUCCAAAGUAUUUUCAAACUGUUGCAACAAUGCCCAUCUCCACUAAUGCGAAACCACCUACAGUGAUGGAAAUGACAAAUAUGUGGGUGGCAGAGAAAAAAUUGUACAAUUACAAUACUAACUCAUGUUCAGGACAGUGUCUAAACUACCCGCGACCUUUGGUUAUUGCGACUGCUAUAUUUACAAAUAAUUGCAAUUCUAAUAAAUUUCAGCUUAUUUGGGCGCAUAGCACUAGCUUCGGAUGUGCAAAGAAAAAAUGCGACGGCAAAUUGACAAAAGAUAAAAAGCCCUUCUACAUCUUUAGUUGUGCUUACGAAGUUGCCCUCCUUCCGGAUGGUGAGAAGCCCUAUCUUGAGGGAGGAAGCUGUUCCCAGUGUCCAGAACGAUCCACUUGUCAUCGCCACCAAUGCCUUCAGGCUAGCAAGUCAAGAUAA